AUUUCGUCCAUCCACUGUUCACUUCCAUCAUGCAUCUCAAUCCCACCUACCUUGCCCUCUUCUCUAUUCCCUGGUUUGUUCAUGCUCAAGAUGACGUCGACACAGUCCCCGUGGAAUCUCGGAAUCACUGGAUGCGUCGCUCAGUCGAUGCCCUGGCCGAAUUGACCGGAUCUCCAUGUCCUUUUGAGGCAUUUGGAUCAGCUAUUGUCAAUCACUCAGAUACCACCAAUUCUGAACAUGGAGAAUUAAUCUGCAUUGGAGCCAAUUCCAUCAUUCAGAAUGGCAAUCCCACUCUACACGGUGAGAUCGCUGCUAUCAACAACUGCUCUCGCAUCCUGACAUCUGAGCCAUACAAUCUCGUUGGGCGGGAAGCUCUUGGUGCAUUCCAAGGGUUGAGUCUCUACACAACCGCCGAGGCAUGCCCUAUGUGUGCCACAGCAAUCCGCUGGGCUGGCUUUAAAGAUUAUGUCUAUGCCACAUCCCUCGACACUCUGGUUAAGCAAUCAUGGCCACAAAUUUCUUUGAGCUCAUCUCAAAUAUUUGAAAAGGCUUCUAGCCUGCCAACCAAAACACGAAUGGUGCCUCAUGUCCUUGCCGACGAGACAGACCCACUAUUUGCCUGGCAAUUCAACGAAAAUGGCAAAUGCCCACCUGGAUGUCGCAGAUCGCGUAUUGGCGAAAAGACCAACAAUCCAGCAGCCGUCGGCGACACUAAACGCACCUGUGUACCUGGCGACAAAGGCGACGAAGACGGAUUGGCAGGAGAACUGGCAGAUGAGGCCGUAGCUGGAGCUGCCAAAGGACUUCGAGGUCUAUGGACUGCCUUGUUUAACUUAUUCAAAGUCGCGGCCCCCGUUGGCGAUGAGUUGUAG